AUUAACUGUAGGAUAAAGCUAGUAAAAAAUGGAAUCAAUCACAGCACAACAUUCUCUGUUAACCCAGCUCCUUUUCAUAUUUGCAUUCACUUUCUUCCCACCUUUCCUUCCCUUUCCUUUCUAUCAAACAAAUCUUCUUCAAAAACAAAGAAACCAAGAAAACAAACAAACAACAACAACAACAAAACAUACAGCAAAAUGAGCUGUUUUAGGCCCAAGACUCCCAAAACUCUAACCCAAGAAAAUCAAGAAACCAAAAAUGUGAUUCAUGAAGUCCUGCUAAGUGUUCCUGGCUGCAAAGUCCACCUGAUGGAAGAAGGGGAAGCAGUAGAACUCGACACCGGCGAUUUCACUCUCUUCCGUGUCUCUGACGACAGCGCUGUCCUUGCCACCACUGUCAAAGUUGGUGAUCUUCAAUGGCCUUUGACAAAAGAUGAACCAGUAGUGAAGCUUGAUGCUUUACACUACUUGUUUUCGCUGCCGGUGAAAGAUGGUGAGCCUUUCAGCUAUGGUGUGACUUUCUUAGGUGGUGGAAAUUUGGGGUUGUUGGAUUCAUUCUUGAAUGAACAUUCAUGUUUUUCUUGUUCAUCUUCUUCUGCUUCUUCGUCGAAUCGGAAUAAGGAUGUAAAUUGGAAGGAGUAUGCACCUGCGAUUCAAAAUUAUAAUAAUUUUUUGGCAAAGGCAAUUGCAGGAGGGACUGGUCAGAUUGUUAAAGGGAUCUUCAAAUGCAGCAAUGCUUACACCAACCAGGUACAAAAAGGAGGGGAAAUGAUCCUAACUCAAGCUGCAGAGCAGAAAACCUUAGCAAGAGAAAGGAGCAACAGAAAUGCUGGCACCACGAAGAAGAGCGGACUCAAUAAAAGCCUAAAACGUGUGAGGAAGAUAUCGAAGAUGACAGAAAAGAUGAGCAAGAAAAUGCUUGAUGGUGUUGGCAUUGCAACCGGAUCAAUAAUGGCACCUGUGGUUCGGUCCCAAUCAGGAAAGGCAUUCCUAGCCAUGGUUCCUGGAGAGGUCCUCUUGGCUUCAUUGGAUGCUACAAAGUUUUGGACGCAGUCGAAGUUGCUGAGAAACAAGCCUUCUCUGCCACCUCUGCUGCUGCAAACAGAAUGGUUUCUCGAAGGUUUGGAGAAAGCGCGGGGGAGGCAACAGAAGAUGUGUUGGCAACUGCAGGACACUGUGCCUGCGCUGUUUGGAAUAUAUUCAAGAUUCGAAAAACCAUCAAUCCAGCUUCAUCUGUUUCUUCAGGAGCUCUAAGGACUGCAAGAAACAAUUACAAGAAGUCUUAUUAAAAUGCCCUAUGCAACAACAAAAACAACAGAAUGAUAUGAAACAUUGCAUUGUGCUUCAUCUAUUUGUCACCCCCCUUGUAUCCAAAACACAUUGGCCGGUGGUUCUAUUUUGAGGUUGUCUUGUAUGUAGCAAUUAGUGAUUGUUGGACUUGGGUUUGGAUUUGGUGAUUGUAGACUUUUUAACUAUUAUUGAGAUAGUGAUCUAUGUGAUAUAAUAUUUUUUAAAUUUGUAAUUA